GGCCUUGCGGUUCGCCCAUCCGGAGGGCGCCACAGCGGUCGCUCUAGCCGCUCUCCCGUGGUUUGGCCUCGCUCUUUUGGCUGCGAGCCUCUAUGGUGUUAGCGAGGACAUGUGGCGCCUUUCGGGACUCCUAAGCCGAACUCUUCCCCGUCUGCUAGGACCUGGCCUCACCCCCAAGUCCACCAGCCCAGAUGGGUAUCAGGCUACCUCCUCAACCCUGCUGGUCUCUGUGCCAAGCUCUGACAGGUCAGGCCCCCAUGGUCCAGGUCCAGGCACAAGCAGGGGUCCAAGGUCUCAUGGAUGGAAGGAUGCCUUCCAGUGGAUGUCUGGCCGUGUCUCCCCGAACACUUUGUGGGAUGCCGUAUCUUGGGGCACUCUGGCUGUGCUGGCCCUGCAGCUGGCGAGGCAGAUCCACUUCCAGGUGUCCCUGCCAACACGACCUCGGCGAGCAGAGCGCAGCUCUUGGUGCAGUCCCCUGGACUGUUUCCUCUCAUCUCCCUUGUGGCAUCCAUGCUCCUCGCUGCGGAGGCACAUUCUCCCCGGGGCGGACAGCCCAGCUCCCAGGCACCCUGGCCUCAGGGAACCCAGACUGGGCCAGGAGGAACCCUCCACUCAGCCCCAGAGCCGCUCCUCACACGGCUCCUUGAGGACAGCUGGUCUGCAGGAUCUCUCUGAGGAAGAUCCCAGUGAGACCGGCUUCCUGUAUGCCAGCAGUAGCUUCAACUCCAAGGCAAAACCAGCACAGCCUCACCCCACUGGUGAAAAGCAGGAACAAGAUAAGUCAAAAACGCUUUCUCUGGAGGAGGCUGUGACUUCUCUUCAGCAGCUCUUCCAACUCAGUGUUUCCAUCGCUUACAACUUCCUGGGGACAGAGAACAUGAGGAAUGGGGACUACGUGGCGGCCUUUUCCUACUUCCAGAAAGGCGCAGAACACGGCUACAGCAAAGCACAGUACAACGAGGGCUUAUGUCAUGAGUAUGGCAGAGGCACCCCCAGGGACCUCGACAAGGCAGUGCUGUGCUACCAGCUGGCUGCCAGCCAGGGCCACAGCCUGGCUCAGUACCGCUAUGCCAGGUGCCUGCUACAAGACGCAGCCUCCUCGUGGGACGCUGAGCGGCAGAGGGCAGUGUCCAUGUUGAAGCAGGCUGCAGACGCAGGCUUGAGAGAGGCCCAAGCUUUCCUCGGGGUGCUUUUCACCAAGGAGCCGUACCUGAAUGAGCAGAGAGCCGUGAAAUAUCUUUGGCUUGCAGCCAGCAAUGGGGACUCACAGAGCAGGUACCACUUGGGAAUUUGCUAUGAGAAGGGCCUUGGUGUACAGAGGAAUCUGGGAGAGGCUGUGAGAUGUUACCAGCAGUCAGCAGCUCUGGGGAACGAGCCCGCCCAGGAGAGGCUGCGGACCCUCUUUUCUUCCAUGGAGGCAGCAGCCUCCGGGCCACGGGACCUGGCCAGCUCAGGACUGAAGUCCUUCUCCAGCCCUUCCCUCUGCAGCCUGAGCCCCCUGCUGGCAGGAGCCUCGCACUUCCCACAUGCCUGGAGCACGGGGAACCUUGGCCUCCCCUGCAGAAGUGGCCGUCUCGGAGCCAGCGUCCCCAGCAGGACCAUCCCCCCACACCCUGGAGCUCCCAGCAGGGCGAUCCCCCUGCACCCCUCCCCCUUGGAAAGAAGUCUCGUCAGACUCGGUUUCGGCUAAGACCUCACGUCAGCUCCUAAAGAUGAAGGCUGUGGGUUCUCAGAGAGAUACCAAACUUGAGCCCCAAAGAAGAGGCCAGUUACCCACCCACCUUUCCAAAGAACCUUAAGUGCCCACCCCAGCGCAGUAAAGAAGAGGAAAGAGUGUAAAAACCCAGGUUUUGGCCAUGUCCCUUUGCACAGCCACCUUCAAGCAGUGAGUAGCCUGACUCACUGCAUUGUUUUCGCAGCUGCAGACCAAGGGCAGCGGUGUCCUGAGGGGCUGACAUGGGGCCCUUUCACUGUGGAAAAGACCGUGGUGUCCACGGAGGCCAGAGCGGGCAGGGUGAUGCUCGUGUUUACAUGGCUUUAGGAGUCACCAGGCCAGGAGAGGACCCAGGCCCCCUGACUCCUGGCCCAGGGCUCUUUUGCACCGUUCACACUGUAAUUUUACAUGAAAGCGUUUUUAUCGUCCUGCCGAUGUGAGGGAGUGAAUGGAGAUUGAGCACCUGGACUCUUGGAGCAGGAGAGUGUGGAUUGUGUGCGCUUCUGUUGGGAAGGGUGUGCCAGAAAUGGAUGGGAGUUUAAUAAAACCGAUAUGGGAUUAUCUCAUCAGUCUGCCCUUUAGUGUGCUGGGGAGAGCCAGGGAGCCGGGCUGGGGGAGCUGAAAGCCGAGGCUCCAUUCUCGUCUCUAAACUUUCCAUUAACCAAUUUAAAGGGUCUUAAAAGCUUCUCCGAGAGAGACUUAGAAAAAAUGAUUUCUGAGUCAACGCUAAUGACUCCAAUUACUGAAUUUGUGAAUAGCUGUGCCCUGGCUUUUGGAUGUUAGCCCAAGUUCAAUAGCAUAGAUGUGGUUGAGAGUGAGGUGUGGGAAGGACUGAGGAGCAAAACCCUUAGUGAUUGUUCCAGAGGGGAAAGCCACAGUGCAAAGGUGGGAGGAUCUGAGAGAGUGUGUCCACAUUUCCCUCUCUGCUCCUCACCCCUUUCCCCAACCCCUGGUGGUCCUGUCACACUUUCUUGCCACGCCUGGAGCCCUAAGCCUCUUCUAGCUCCAGUGCCUCCCCUGCCCCCUGCUGCCUUUCCAGGGCUGCCCUGCACACUGGCCUGCCUCUCACUGUCCCCUUACUUUGGGGCAGGGGCCUUGUCUUCUUCGUAUUCCAGUAUCCUCAGCACUUAGCUCAGGCCCCAUGCAGGUAGGGGCUCAAUGCGCCCUUUAGUUAAAGCUCAGGCUUUUAAGCUAUGCAGUGCACUAAUCUCUCCGGGGAAAAAAAGAAAAAAGAAAAAAAAAAGGUUUCUGUGGUCAAAUAAGUUUGGGAAGCACUGCACUAGACAUCCCUGUUUUAUAGAUUCACAAUGCACAUCAGCGUAUUCGAGGUUCCAAAACAUCCUGCAGCAAGGAGCCUGGCUGAGCGCGUGCUUCCUUCGUGGAGCUGAGCACGGAGCCCGCCCCCUGCAGAUUGCCCGUGACCUUCGUAGGGCGCCCUCUCACCAGCCUCUUCCCCUCCUGUUGUCACUUUGGGUUAUCUGAUUACUGCUUUCUCCUGACCAUGCCUGGGGCCAAGGGGCAGUUCAUCCUGUCCAGGGACACUGGGUAUCCUGCGGUGAUGGCCAGGUACGGCUCUCCCUCCCCCUCAAUCAUUACAAAUUAAGUACUGAUGCAGUUUGGGGUGCAGGCCUGGAGGCGGGAUAUUUUUAAGCUCUACUUAAGGAGAGGGAAGGAUGGGAGAGUCCUGAGAGAGAUGUUGUCAAGGGACCGAAAAUCCAUGGCUAUUCCGCCACCACGGUCUGCACACAGCCCCAGGGGAUGGACUACAUCGGAAGACCCAGAACUGCUGUGCUUUUGCCAUUAAAAUUCCGUUGUUAAUGACUCAUUGUCAGUGCCCUGAAAGGAAGUGUAGUGGGAGGGCCAGGAGAUGGCCCCUGUCAGCAGGGCCAGCCUGGGUCAGGCGUCUGGGUGACCUGAGGUUUAGGGCCUAGUGCCCUCAGCAGUGAGACCUUUGUGUGAGGCUCUGCUGCCUCAGUUUCCUCAUGCGGAGAUGCUGCUUCCAGGGAGCCCUGAGGGUGGGAGCAAGGCUGUUUGGCUCAUUAUAUCUUCAGUGCUAAUACAAUGUUCAGUAUAUAUUUAUUCCAUGAAUGAGUGAUUCUAUGCAUUGUCCCUUCUCCAAGCCUAGCCUGCACCUCAUAGGUGCAUUAAAUAUUCAUUAAAGGAUUGAUUCGAUAUACACCCCCCCCCGUUAUCCCCAAUGCUACUUUCGCCCCAUAAUACUCAAACUAUCUAUCUGCCAUCUCCUUGCUAAUUUGUUGCCCCAUAAUUGCUCAACAAAUACAAAAUAUUGGUUGAAUGAGUGUUUCUGAUCACACCUCCCUCCUCUCCCCACCCGUUACAUUGUAC